AUGGACGAUCAAGAAAUCGCGAAUCAAUUCGCAAGCUUCUUCUUCAAGACGUUCGAGAAGGAACCGCAAGAGUUGUACAAGUUAUAUGCACCUUACUCGGCCAGAUCUGAACUGAUUUGUCGUGCCGGACAUUCGCACGACAAACGAAGGCAUGCCCAGACGAUGAGGGGUGUGAAAGCCGAUGGCAUACGGGAGAUCUUUGGACUGACGGAGCGAACAGUCAGAUCGGGAGUGAAGUUUUGCAUCAAUGCAGUUUACAGCCAAUCGCACAGUCAAAACAAACUCACCGUGGUUGUCAUUGGGGAUUGCUCCUGCCCGCACGAUGGCGAGGAGGGGGGGGAGCAAGACAGGCCUCUGCAUGCAACCUUUAUUGAAGUCUUCGAACUUGAAAGGGCCAAUCGGGACAUGGCCUACUACAUAUGCAGCGAUGUUCUUCAAAUGCAUGAGAAUGAAGCUAGGCAGCCGUCCUCGGACGACAUGGAGGGUCUGAAUUUGACGGUUGAAAUCCACAACAUCAAGAGUCUCGUAUCCUCCAGCCUGCAAGAGAUUGUCGAUCAGACUGCUGAUGUCAUCAGAGAGAUGAGAGAGACUCAAGACUUGCUGCAAGAGACUGAACAGUCGCUGAUCGAGAGCUCUUCCUACGCACUCCGAGACCUCGAAAUGAAGCACAAGAUGGCAUUUGACCACAUCGAGAAGCAGCUCGUCUCGCUCACGAAGCAGUUGGAGUACAAAGACUUUGCCAGGAAGGAACUGCUCGCAGCGAAAGAAUGCCUGGAGAAGAAUCUCUCUAAGGCCAAGGCAGAGGGCAUGGAGCUGGAGGCGUGCAAGAUGAAGAUCGACGAGCUGAACAUGAAGGGGAAGAUUGCAGAGUCCGAGAGAGACAGCCUUGCAAGACAGCUCGAGGGCGCCGAUCUCGAUCUGAGCCAGAGCAAGGCUGCUUAUUCCCGGCUGGAGAUAUCUUCGGGUGAGAAGCUGCAGAAGACCAAAGAUCUGCUGAAGAAGAUGCUGGAUUCGUACAAGCAGAAACAAGCUGAAGUCGAGAGCUUGCAGCAGGACUUCAACAGGAUGAGAUCACAGACUUUCCAGCUGGAGAAGAAUGUCGAGCUACUCACGAAACAAAGAGACAACGCAAUAGCAGAGCUUCUCGACUUCAGGGAAAACGUGGGAACCAAACAACCGGCCAAAGACUUGUCUCAAAGCUUUGAACUGGAACGACAUGCGCUGAACAGCACAAUAUCGAGCUUGAGGACGCGAGUGGAGCGUCUGGAGGAGGAGAACAACGCGCUGCACACGACAUCAGACAAGCUGAAGGAUGAUCUGGAGAACCUCAAAUUGAAGGAGGAGGAGAGCGCGAUCGCUUCGUCCAUGAAGAUCGAGGGCUUGCAGCAAGAGUUAGACCAGCUUCGAAAAGAUUUACAAAAUCGGAGAGAGGAGCUCGAGAGCGCGCAAAGGGAGGCAGUGCUAUGGAAAGAGAAGGUAGAGAGUCACGAAGUCAGCCUCAAGAGGCUCAGGGAGAAGAUCGCGAGGCUAGAGGAGCUGGACACGUUGCAUCGCAAGGAGAAGAACUGUCUGUCGUUGCAGUCCAACUCUUAUGCUGAGAAAUGUGGCAACUUGGAGAGAGCUCUUGCGAACGCCCUGAGGGAGCGAGAAGGAGUAGAAGAGAUGCUUCGACUGGCAGAGGAGAGCAUUGUUGACGAGACCAGAAGACGAGAAGAGCUGGAGAGAAGGUUUCUAGAGCAGAUAUCUGAUGUUGUCUUCAACCUUCCCUCUCUCUCCUCCUCGCUCACAGCCGUGCAGAUGAAAGAGGAAUUCGAAGCCAAGUUGGAGCUGGCAGUGGUCAAGUGA